AUGAGAAAGUUUACGAGUCUUCGGAUGACUAUUCCAUUUGGUAACUUAACAUGUGCUUCUUGGAUGAUUCCAUUCUCUGAUGGGGAAAAAUCGUGUAUACGUCCCAGCUUCCAAGUGUUUCGGGGAGUUGUUGAGUCGUAA